AUGGGGCUGUUUGCGCGGAGGCCGGACGAGUACGUCCCAGACCUGGAGCUUCUCGAGAACAUUACGAAUUUACCAGCGUACCAGCCGUACGCUCUCCGUGAAGAGUUGUGCGGGCUUGUGGAGAGAGGGGUGGCCACGCUCCGACGCUGGAGGGGAUAUGCGUCGUGGUAUAGGCUCUCCAGUGCAGCGUCGAACAAACUCAGCGCUGCCCUUGAGGUGGCGGAGGCAGAAGCGGCAAGACAGGAAGAAAAGGAAAGGGCAAAGCGGGAGGAGGAAAACCACGGACGACCGAUUCCGGAGGGUUUCUACGACUCGGUGUUCAACGCGAAAUUGAGCCACGUCUUGGGGUUUCCCGAGGGCGCGGGGGACGAGAUGGCGGUGCGAAUGGAGGUGCGUGAGGGCCAAGCGCCAAAAAGGUCGUGGGAGUUCAUGCCCGAUGGCGCAGGCUGUUUCCUGUUGAGUGACAUUGACCAGUUCCGCCCGCCGCGCCCCCGGCUGGUGAUACUCACCUCCGAGCAGGGGUGGCUCUCCUCGCUGCAGGGGGAGGCAGCCACCACCGACUGCUGCGUCACCGCUGAGGUGGGGCGGGUGUGGCAGAACAUCAAAUACGAUCUGGAAGACACUUUCAGGCAAAACGAAGACGAAGAACAGCAUGAAUUGAAAUCGUUUUCCCUGCUUGGGACGUACGGGAUAGAGCGGUGA